AUGCAGCUCAACACUAUCCUCGCAACCCUCUUCGCGGCUACCGCCUCAGGUGCUGCUAUCAAGUCGAGAUACGCAACUGGAUUCACCGUAUCUAAUUUCACGGCUUCUUGCAUUCCUCACAGCGUCAUGUGCACUUACGAGUUCUUUGCUAUUACUGAUCCGGCGUCGGCAUCGCCUUCUGGUAACCCAGAACCGGCAAAGUGCAGUCUCAUGCUCCAGGGCCCUGACUUCCUCCCGGCUGUUGGCUGGACAGGGUGCGCAGAGAAAGGAGCGUACUCGUGGGCCGUUGACAAGGUUGAGGGUGGCCUAAAGCUCCGCGUCACAACGCCCCAGGACUCCCACGGCAACUACACCGGCGUGUACGAAAUAACUUCGGACCAGCUCGUCGCUGAGCAGCACGGGGCUUCUAUCUCUCAGAGGUAUACGGGCCCGUCCGGGUUUCCCAUGCCUCUUGGAGCGUAA